UUUCUCAUUUCUAAAAAUCUAACCCCUUCCAAGGAGUCCAACAUGGAAGAGUUUAAAGAUGCAAGUUCACCUGAAGAGUUACUUAAUCACUUAAAGCUUUCUGAUCAGAAGUCUUCAGAGACUGGCCCCAAAGAUGCACAGAAUCCCCAAAACAUUGAAAGUGGAUAUACACUGUCUUCAGCCAAAGAUCCCACAACAGCAGAUGAGUGUUUCCAUGACUGUCACGAUUCCUUUGAGGCAAAAGAACCUCUGCUGGAUGAUGAAGGGAAUCUACAGAAUGAUGAGAAUAGCUCAAGGAAGCAGACAGAACUAGAUGAAGAAUACUUGCUAGAACUAGAAAAAGAUAUGCCAGAGGAAGAAAAACAGAAAAGAAGAAAGGAGAGCACAACGCUGAAAGAAAAAGGAAAUGAGCAGUUCAAGAAAGGAGACUAUGGAGAAGCAGAAGACUCUUACACGAAGGCUCUGCAGAUCUGUCCAGCUUGCUUCCAAAAAGAUAGGUCUGUUUUAUUUUCAAACAGAGCUGCUGCAAAAAUGAAACAGGACAAGACAGAAGCUGCCCUCAGUGACUGCAGCAAAGCAGUGGAAUUGGAUCCUAACUAUAUUAGAGCUUUGCUGAGGAGAGCAGAAUUAUAUGAAAAAACAGAAAAACUAGAUGAAGCUCUGGAGGAUUAUAAGGCAAUCCUAGAAAAAGACCCAUCAGUUCAUCAAGCCAGAGAAGCUUGCAUGCGAUUGCCGAGACAAAUUGAAGAGCGGAAUGAAAAAUUAAAGAAAGAAAUGUUAGGCAAACUGAAGGAUCUUGGCAAUUUGGUUCUCCGCCCCUUUGGCCUAUCAACAGAAAAUUUCCAGAUAAAACAAGAUUCAUCAACUGGUUCAUACUCCAUCAAUUUUGUUCAAAAUCCAAACAACAACAGAUAACAUGAAUUCAGUCUAGUUCUGCUGGCUUUCAGGCUUCCUGACCAUGUGCUUGCACCUACCAAGAAAAAGAUUCAGCAAAUAUUCUUCACACUCCCCAGGUGAAGAUUAGACUCAAGCACAUUUAUUUCCUUGCUUGUGAAAUUAUUUACAAUGUGGAUGUGAAGCAAGUCAUUUGACUUCUCUUAGUGAUAACUAUGUCCAGUGUGUGGUUUUAUUUUUCUUAUUUUAUUUUUCUUCCCUUGUGGUGUUUGGCUUACCCAACAGUCAGGCUCAUUAUUUUGGCCCAUUUGGUGCUGGCAACAAAAUUCUAGAGAAGAAUUCAGUUGAAUCAAAAUGCUCAAGCACCUGUAGCCAAGAACAAAGCCUAAUGCUGUCUUGGGGAAUUAAUGAAUCUAGCAGAAGAACUUCUCCACACGCUUAGCAGGUGGAUCUGACUGACAUGCAUGGAAGCAAGUCAACUUCUUCUGUGGAAUAAUUUUUCUUUGUAAUAAAGGCUUGGUAUUUCUGUUGGUUUGGUUUGUGAA